AUGUUUGCCAUGGAAUUUAUGCUCAACAAAAAGUACGCUAAUCGGGUGCUGCACGACGUGGGACUGUGUGCAUGGGUCUUUAGCUCUACAGAGGCUGGCAAAGGGAAGACUUGGUAUGGAGACGGAUUCAGACUGCAUUAUAAAUGUCCGUUGGUCGUCUUCAGACCGUUCAUAUCCGAAGUGGUACUCGCAACGGUGAAGUCCUCGAAAGCUGAAUCUAUCUGGUUAACGACGGGAUUGUCAUACAUAUCAUUGAUGUACCUCCUCCAACCUUCGGCAUUUGACCUGAACAAGCGGGUACCAGAUUCUGAGCUCAUCAUUUCCUCUGAGCUGCUUGAUGCCGGUGUCGCGUCGAGGAUGCACAUUGAUGCUGGGUGUGUCGCGACUGAAGGAUUCCUGGUGAAGCAAGAAUCGAAGAGAGCACUGUAUCAGAUCGUGUGUUCGAUAGCGGAGUCAGGCCUCGACAACGUGUCAUGGAGGAAUGCGUUUCAAAAAGAAGCAGAAGGUGAUGUGGUCGUGGAGUAA